AUGGGACCUCUACUAUUUUUCCUUCUAUUACCUCUCACCUACGGCUAUCAUCUAUUUGAAUAUUCAGGCAACGAGUGCAAUGGUGCACCCGUUUUGAAUUACCGGCUCGCAGGGCCUAGCGCCUGUCAAAAGCUAAGCUAUGGUACCGCUGAGUCUGUUUUGGUCAAGAUCGAUAAUGUCCAUGAUGAGUUGUACGACGUUGCCUUUUACGACGAGGAAGAUUGUGGAGGAGAGGUCGUCAGCGUCAUACACAACACCAAUGGAUGCAUUGAUCUUUAUGCCAUGCCCGGCUAUACAGCUAGGUCGGUGAGAGUGCAGAAGCAUGUUACUGGCAAGCGUGAUCGGCGCUCACAAGCAGAUCCCUUGCUAAACUACCAGAUUGGAGGUCGCGAUCAGCCUGUGACCCCAAUCCGCAAGGGUGUAUUUGUCAGCUACAAUAGCUCGAACAUUGAUAGUGAGGGGACAUUCCAGGACGACAUCAUUCAUGAAUUCUACCCCUUUACGCAGGAAGAGGCCGAUGAAGUUGCAGCGAUUCGGACAACUGAAUAUCAAUUGGAAUCAAACUUCACAGUGACAAAAUACACGUCCCCAGCGCUCGACACAAGGAAUUUCGUGCUAGCCAAAUGCUUUGAACAUCCAUUGUGCGCUUCUCAUGCGCUGAAUAUUGCUAUCAAGACGAACCAACUCGCACUAGCAAUGGGGAGAGUACUUAGUAACACGCCUUGGACGGCCUACAGGAACGAAGCCUUCUUAAACCUGGGAGCUGUGAGCUCUGCUUGGACUAUUUACUCCGCCUUUUCAACUAGUGGCACGCAGGACAUGAGCUGUGAUACAGAGAAAACCACGGGGGCUUUAGUUAGAGAUAUAUUGUUACGCGAAAGCUCGCAUACGCAGGACCUAACGAAUGCUCUAUUUACGAUUUGUGGGAAUAACCACACAUGCUUCCGGGCGGCAAUGCGACUAUACCUGGAUAACGAUCCAGAGACGAAUCAGGACGGUUGUGGAGCAUGUACCACCUGUGUAUAA